GGAUGUUCGAACUGUCCUUGAAAGAGUUCCUCUGGCCCAGCCUAAAGCAAUCCAGGAUCCAUCAAAGACAGACAAGUCGUUCGAGACUCCAAAAUCUCGGACCAACCUUGGACAAGUUCGCAUAUUUGAAACAACCACGAUAACCAAUUCGGUUAUUGAACCGAUUGCUGGCAAAUCGUUUGACAAGAGUAACGAAUCUGUGGUUUUCUCAUCACCUUCUCAUCCCGUUCAAGGCUCUAAAGAUGUUUCGGUAAUGACGAUGCCAAGCACGAUCAUAUCUACAACAGGAAAUUCGCUGCCCUCAUUCAAUAUCAACAUUGACAAUGGAAAAAUCACAACGGUGACGAAUAAUGCGCCUGAAGAGGGAGAGGAUCUGUCAACGUACAGUUCGUCAAUUUCAAACAUCGUCAGCUCUCCAGAUGUUGAAAAUCCUGAUGUUCCUUUCACUUUCCAUUCUCCCGCUGUAUCGCCCUCUGUCCGAUAUGCUUCACCAGGUUCAUCCUUUGAAUCUCCGUCUUUAUCACCUUCGACUGUAGGGCAAUUCACAACACCCUCUUCAAGCUUUGAAUCCUCCUCAUUGUCACCGGCAUCUUCAUCAACUGAAGCUCAAUUUACAUCCCCUUCGUCAGAUUUUGGAUCUUCACCACCCGUUUCUUCCACAUCAGUCUUUACCACAGCACCUUCAAACGAAGUUGCUUUGGUGUCUACUUCUCCUGCCGUAUCGCCUUCUGUACGAUACGCUGCCCCAGGUUCGUCGUUUGAACCUUCGUCUUUUUCGUCUUCAGCUGUCGGGCAAUUCACAACACCAUCCCCGAUCGCUUCAUCAACUAAAAAUCCAUUUGUAUCAUCUUCACCAGCUUUUGGAUCUUCACCACCCGUUUCUUCCCCAUCAGUCUAUACCACGUUGUCUCCAACCGAAGUUCCUUUCGUUUUUCAUUCUCCUGCUGUAUCGCCCUCUGUGCGAUACGCUUCACCAGAUUCUUCCUUUGAGCCUGUCCUGAAAAUCACAACACCAUCCCCGAGCUCUUCAUCAUCGGAAGAUCCAUUAGCAUCACCUUCGCCAGCUUUUGGAUCUUCACCAACCGUUCCUUCGCCAUCAGUCUCUACCACAUUACCUUCACCUACAUUUGAGCCUACUUCUAUUAGUUCUUCUGCGGCUACUUUUACGUCUGCUUUUUUGCCUGAAUAUCACAAUUCAGUGCCAACUAAGUCGAUUCCAUCGUCAGUGCCAGAGCCAACUUCUCCAAGUUUCAGCAUAGGGACGACCUAUGCCGCCCCUUCAAAUGUUGGUGCUUUCUCCGAUGCACCUACUGUACACGUUGACAGCUCAACCACCUCAUCUGAUCCAAGUUUCAGUGUUGGGACAACUUAUUCAGCCCCUUCAAAUUUCCGAGACACCAUUGGUUCUGCUCCCUCUACAAACUUAAGAAAUUCAACCACCUCCACUGAUUCAAGUUUGAGUUUUGAGAGAACUCUCUCAACUCCAUCAAAUGUUUGUAACACCAAUGAUCCCACCACCACCGAUUCAAACUUUAGUGCAGGAAAAAUCCAUUCAAUCGCAUCUAGUACGGGAGCCACUUCUAGCACAACUUCAUCCAUUACCAGCUCCACGGCCUCAUCAGAUCCAAGUUCCAGCUCUUCAGUAUCAAGCGUUCAAAACUUCGAUCCCUCAAUCUCAAGUGGCCAGACAGUCGGCCUUAAUCCGAUAACCACAACAUAUUUGACCACUUCCAACGCUGUCUCAAGCCCAACAAUUGCUCCUGUUGCAUUUCCCUCGUCCACAAUUGCGACAUCCUCUGCUGCGUCAUUGCCCAUCUCGCCUACUGUUCCAUCUGAUGGACCUAUUCAGGUCAUUGCCACCACUUACCGAGCCACGGUCAUUCCGGAUCAAGUGUCAACUUCGGUUGAAGGACCAUUCAGUAAUGGAGAUAUUCCACGUUAUGGGCUAGAAAAUCGAGCCAGAUCGCCUUUGCCCACCCAAACUUCUUUUACGAAGAGGCCAAGACGAAAAAGACCCCGUACUCUUUUUACCAAACGCCCUAGUAUAAAGUUUGUGGACUUGAUUGAGGAACAGAUAUCGACUUUGGCCACAACUUAUGGUAGUACAACUUCCACCACUGCUAGCACUUUUAACCCAACAUUCUCCACCAUUGGUUAUAGUAGCUCAUCAUCCACUCCUAAGACACCAAUAGCGACGGCUGCAGCCAUAGCAGAUCGGGACUUGGCCAAAGAUUUACUUAUGUUGAGGGCCAUUAAUGAGCUCUAUACAUUGUUAGAACAACGGGAUGAACAACGAUCAAAUGCUGUGGUUUCACAGACAGGUCAUAAUGCUCCUCCUCAGACCGCCUCAAGGGUCAAGCCUUCAUAUCCCAAAGCAAGAACUCCUCGACCUCGACCUCAAUCUCAACCUCCAGAGGUCCCUGCGGUUUCUACUACCACACCAACAACUUAUUCUUCCACAACGUCUUCAACAACAGUGCAAUCCUAUCCCGAGGAGUAAUUUAAGGACAUCGACUAUGACCCUUAUCAGUACGACCCAGCCGAUAUUCUUUAUUUGUACUCAUAUGAUGAUAAGUUGACCAACAAUAACAACCCAGGAGCCAAUCACGACAUUGGGUCCAAUGUAGAUGGGUACGGUUCUCCCCAAGGAGAGCCCAUUGGGGCAUCCUAUGAACCUGUCAAGACACCAAUAACCACUAAAAGGCCGACGUCAACGAGCCAAAGCAACUACAAUCUGAAGUCUAGGAAAAGACUACCAACCAACCGUGGACGUCCAAGUCAUAACAAUCCCACGUCAUCCAAUAGUGUUGAAUUACAUCCAUCUCAAGGGUACAAUGUCCAUCCUAUUCCAAAUGAAUCCUAUGAGACUCCCAAAGCACCUGCUAUAAAUUCAGGCCAUACUUCAGCUCACGAAGUGGAACCACAUGCUCCAAUUCAAGGCCAUUCCAUUGGGACGGACGAUUCUUACGGACCACCAAGAGCGUCUGUAAUCUCGUUUGGUCACAAAAACAAGCCACUAACAUCAUACUCGACUGAAGCUCAUGGAGUGCAUCACGACAGUGCCCCUCACUUAUCUGAUAGCUACGGCCCUCCUUAUCAUUCUCCGCCCUCCUUUAAAGCCCAUCAGCCAGUCCGUGUUGUUGAUCCUCCAAUUAGCUAUCUUCCACCCAAGCCUUUGUAUGAAAGCCCAAUUUCGGAAGCCUAUGGAAAUCCGGACUUUCCAAAUUAUCCCCAAUCACCGUCCAUAUAUAACGAACUUCCUCAUAUUCAACCCGAUCAUAACGCCCACGUUAACGAGCAACCUCCACGAAGGCCACUAUUUACCAACUAUGGGGGUUUAGAUAAUGCCGACUACGAUUUCUAUGACUACGGUUCUGAUCAUAAAGUCAUAUCCCCUUCAGUGGAUCAGCAUUACGACGAACCGGCACCGUUCUACCGAAAACCUCACGAAUACUAUCCCAAGUUCCAGCCUCAACCAAAACCCGUUCCUUAUUACGAAGUAAAUAAGGAUCUCAUCCCUGACUUGGAAAUCGUGGCAAAACCCUUGGGAUGGGACGUGCGUGAUUUCAGAGGUUGGAAACACGUGUUUCGAGAGCGAUCAGACAAAGUACGAGGAAAGGAAACCGAUCGUGAUCCAAUUCGGGACCGAAAAAGUGUUAGGAAACCACAACGUUCCCGUGUAAACAACAAGCACAAGAAAAAUCAAUCAGCUUCCAAUUUUGAUGCGGAAAAUAACUCUGAGGUGGAGGAUGUUCCCAUUCCUCAAUUGGAAAACCCUUUCGAACACUUUGAGCCACAGUUUACAGGACUUCAAAAACGACAGCCAAAAAGAGAGGAAGAUUUUGAACGCAUUGUUUUUAAUACCCAAACGUUGGACUCAACUCCAAAUCGAAGGGAAGGCGGAUCAGUGAUAGAUAUGGAUGAUUCUCCAAUUGAGUCAAGCACAGAAUACAGUGACAAAAGGCGAGAUUCAGCCCCAAGUGACUUGGGAAUUCGUUAUGACAAUUGGGUGGCCAAGUUUGAACUUGAAGAGGAUCAGACAUUUGCAAAUGAGCACCUCCACUCUACUUCCACUGCUUCCUCAUCCUCUGAACCACAAGGACGUUCCACGCCCUCUUUAGUUCCUAGAUAGUGAUGGCACACUCAAGGUUCAGGUUACAGACCUCACGUCUAUUGAUCCCCAUUUGUUGGAACGAGAGGUCCCGCCACUUACAGAUCUGCCUCUGCUUCUCAUGUUACGUUAUAAAAUAUGUUUCCUUUAAAGACUGUGCCAUACUGAUACAUGCCUGCUUCUAGUCAAAGUUGUCUAUCUCUCCUGGAAUGAAAAUAAUGCUUUCUUUUGUAAGUGCUUUUGAGUGCGUUUGAUGGACGUCCAGCUUCGUAUUAUUAUGCUCAAAUGAUCCUUAGGGCAACACGCGUCAUAUGAAGGACGAGCAAGGCCUACCAUAUGAUAAAAAGUCGCAUUUUCGUGAAGCCCCACUUAUCAUAGCCAUGCAAGUUUUAGAGCUUCCCCAAGGAAAUUACCGAAACCCAAAUAGUUCACGAGAUCCAGAGUAAUUGGAUCAUCCAGUUUUCCACACUUCGAUGCCUUUCUAUUCAUAUCCCUUAUGUGUGCCAGACAAUACAUGUCCAAUCUAUAAUAGUAUUUGUCCAUCCAUGCCUCCGUAUC